AUGAAAUUUUUUUUCAGGUCUCAGGACCUUAAUGCGUCUAAGGACAGUAUGUCUGACAACCAACAGAAUAAGGGAAGAAGCGAAGAAGGUUGUGGAAGUGUUGUUGCUCUUCAGAAUGCAGAUACGAUAAUGAAAGAAAUGUAUCAGUCGUACAAAGUUCUAGGGAAAAACAGCCAAAUAGCACCAACGUCCAGACCAUGGCCAGAUCAACAAGUGGCAUGCUUUUCAAGUAAAAAUCAGUUAGCAGUACAGAUGAGACAACACACUUGUUUACCUUUCUUCCCGAAGAAAGAAAACAUGGGGCGUGGCUUUGACUUCAGCUUUCUGCUACCAGUCUCACACCUAGAAUCAAAUAUUUCAAAAUCAGUUAUGGAUUUAGAUGCUUUUCAGAUAAUAAAAGCACAAAUGCAACAACGGUUAAACAUAACAAUGCUAAAAACUGGGAACAAGAGCUCUGAGUUUCAUUUGCCACCAGUGACAUUUCACCCUGUAAGAACAAGUCGUCUUGCUCCUCUAGAGGAUAAUACUGUCAAUGAAAGCACCAACAACAGAAUGAUUUUGAAUAUUAUGAACUCUAUUCCUCAGCCUAUAAAACCAGUUACUAAAUGUUAUCAGUAUCAGUUAGAGAAUCUAUUAAAAAGACACGCUGAAAAGUCAUCAGACCUGAUUGUGGCUACUGUUUCUACUAAGUUCGCUCCAGUGAAAGACCUGUACUACUUCAGCAUGAGUGACUAUUGUAAGCACCCUAGCAGCAAGAAAGAAGAAAUUCAAAGCAAUUUAAAAUGGAGGGAAGCCGAUGUAGCUACUAAUACUGAAAAGAAUGACCAGAUGAACUACCAGUUUUCAGUGGCUUGUGAGAAUAUAGAUUUUAUGACCCAAGCCGUUUUCUAUGAUGUUAGUCACCCCUACUGGAGCUCAAGUAAUGCUCUGAAAAACUGUGGAAUAUUUACAGCUCAAUCAACCUCUACAGUGCCAAGCAAUAGAAAUGUCCAGAGAGUUGGUGAUAGGGAAGAAAGAGCAAAGAACUCCUGUAAAACUGGUCUAGAAGAACAAAAUGCUACAGAGACAGUACUGGAUUAUAGACCACAUGAAGAUGCUGAGAGUGUGAACUUUGUGCUAGAUAAUCGUGGUUUAGAUUCUUCCUGUAAAAAUGAAGUGAUAGAGGUCCACCAUGCCUUAGAAGAUAAUUCUGUAGUUGCAGUAAGUCCUAGAGUAGAAGUGCAAUAUCCUUCUGGAAAACAGACAGAAAAUAAUGUUUGUCUCUCUGAAUAUGAAAUGGAGAAAGAAGUCAUGUCAGAAGCAACUUCAAAAGGUCAAAGUGAGCUUUUACCUGUUGUUCAUGUUACAUUCUCUGAACAAGAACCAGCUAGGAAACCACACGUUGCUAAAGAACCUGCCACAAAAGAGAGUGUUACUCAUAGCCUGCCUCAUGUUACUCAGAGCUUCAACAUUCUUGCUCACAAGGCAAAUGAGAAAAGUAAAAUAAAGACGAGUAGAAAUAAAUAUUCAUCAAAAUCUAAAGUGAGUAGCAAGGUAAAGAGCUCUGAAGACUUAAUGAUUUAUGAUGAGAUUUCCACAAAAUGCAAUGCCAAGAGCCAGAUUUUUCCAUCUUUGGAGCUGCCACAUGUGGAAUCUGAGACUUCCCCAAAGGUCCAAAAAAAACCGCCUCAAGCGAACAAAGACCAUUUUGCUCAGAGUGCUCAGAAACUUAAAAAGCAAAGCUCCUCCUGCAGUUGCAAAAACGUGGUUCUCUUAAAGCAACCUGUUGCCCCACUUUCUCUGCCACAUGCACAGUCUGCUCUAGAUUUUGUAGAUCUGAAAUACAGUGACAUGUUCAAGAAAAUAAAUUCAAAUGAGAAAGGCCCAGGUAUUUAUGAAAUGUUUGGAACUCCUGUCUAUUCCCACGUGCCUGAGCUUGAUGAACAUAAGAAUGGGUAUUACAGAGGUGUUUGUUCUGCGCCAUCUGGGAGAUGCACUGCGAGCACCUGCAGAUCUGCCAGCAGUAAGGGGAGAGAGAGCGGACGAGUAAGAAACACUCAAAAGAGAACAUACUCUAAGCCAAAGAAGGCCAUACCAGGCACUAAACCAAAGCAGAAAGGUUUAAUACUAAAGGACAGAAGUACUGAGUUGAGUGGCAGCAACACAGAGCAAGAUAAUGUAAUAACUGCUGAUUCAGAUUGUCAAAUAAACACAUCAAGGAGCAUGACAUUGUUUCAUGAAGACAGAGACCAUCGUAGGUUUUUAGAAGAGCUUUCACAAUCAACUAAGCCAAACAAAAUGUUUUCAAAUUCAAACUUAUCAACUAUUAAAGAAGUUUCUUGGGAGCAAUCUGUGGAUAGGCAGGAUAUACCCAACCAUCAGAUAGCUGCUGCCUGUAGCCAGAAUCUUCUUCAGUUCAGUGCUAAAGACGACGCAGAUGGUAUCUCUCUAAGUAGCACUCUAAUAACAGACCAGAACAUUUCUGUACCCCAGAACAGGUUGGGCAUUGAUGGCUGCAAAGGCCUGGAGUCGCAUGAGGCCUUCUCCAAGGCUGUAAAUAAGUGUGAAGUGUUGCUGUUUUCAGAUGGACUGGAGUGUCAGUCCCCUACAAAAAACCCAAGCCACAAUUGGGCGUACACACCUCAAACCUGUGGUUUGACAAAUGAAUUGACUCUGACUUCUUCAGUGAUUCAGAUAAAAAAUGUUACAAGCCCUGGUUUCCAGACAAGUCAAAACAUCUUGUCCUGGGUGGGUAAUAAGGAUGUCACUGAUGAGUUGCUUUGUUGUCUGGCUGAAGAAUUGCUAAUGCUUGAAGAAAAUGACAUCAGCUCUUCACAAACAAAAAUUGCAGAUUCCAAAAUGCAAAAUACACUCACUAAAGAAGAAAAGAUAAUGAAUGGAGAUGAGGCAACAGUAAACAGUGCUGUAGAGAAGAGCUACAGUAAAGCCUUUGUGGCAUUAAACGGAGAAAGCAACGGGCUAAAUUUUGAGGAAUUGACUAAAUUACCAGGAGGCAGUUUAACUAACGAAGAUCCUAUCAUGUGGACAAGAGGUGAAGUCCUUGGAAAAGGAGCCUAUGGCACAGUCUACUGUGGUCUGACAAGCCAGGGACAAUUAAUAGCUGUAAAAGAGGUCGUUUUGGACAAGUCAGAUCAACUCACUACAGAAAAGGAGUAUCGAAAGUUUCAUGAGGAAGUUGAUCUUUUGAAGACAUUGAAGCACAUCAAUAUUGUAACUUAUUUAGGAACUUGUCUGGAAGACAACAUUUUAAGCAUUUUCAUGGAGUUUGUUCCUGGUGGCUCAAUUUCCAGUAUUAUAAAUCGUUUUGGUCCAUUGCCAGAAGUCGUCCUUUGUAAAUACACAAAACAAAUCCUACAAGGCGUUGCGUAUUUACAUGACAAUUGCGUGGUGCACAGAGAUAUCAAAGGCAAUAACGUUAUGCUCAUGCCAAAUGGUGUCAUAAAGCUCAUAGACUUUGGCUGUGCCAGGCGCUUAGCGUGGGCGAGCCUCAGCGGCACACAGAGCGAGAUGCUCAAGUCCGUGCAUGGGACUCCGUACUGGAUGGCACCAGAAGUUAUAAAUGAAUCUGGAUAUGGAAGAAAAUCCGACAUCUGGAGCAUUGGCUGCACUGUAUUUGAGAUGGCAAUGGGAAAACCGCCCCUGGCUUCCAUGGAUAGGAUAGCGGCCAUGUUCUACAUUGGGGCGCACAGGGGACUUAUGCCUUCCCUACCUGAUCGAUUCUCCAGCGCUGCAGUGGAUUUUGUGCACGCAUGCUUAACCAGAGAUCAGCAUGAACGCCCUUCUGCUCUGCAGUUGCUGGACCAUCCCUUUCUGAAAGGAAGACAGUGAGUUUUUCAAACCCUUUGCCAAGUGAGUAUACAUUUUCUGUAUUAAAAAUUUCCGCUUGUGAAAAAAAGAUCAGAAGGAACUGGACUUAAAAGUGACAACAGAAAUUACUGGAGAGCAAUUGUGUACAAGGAGUCUCUUAUUAGACAUGAUUAAUGUAACAUUUUUUGCAACGCCUGUGCUCAUGGGAGUGGGCGUUUCUUCCCUGUGAACACUGGGACGCAUUUUUGUUGUGUUUGGAGAGACUUUAAGGGAAACAAACCAAGCAUCACCAUCACGGUAUGUGACAGGCGAGGUAAGUUGUAAUGCUGAUUUCUAACAACCUGUGGAAAAAUGUGCUUUUGGUGGAAGGCACUGCAGGUGCCAAAAGCUCUACUCAGACUUGUAGAUGAGUGCCUGUGAUGAUCCCAUAGGGCCCCAAACCAUAUACCACUAUCAGCAGAAAAUAUACUGAAGCUUUUCUUUAGCUGGUCUGAUCCCACUGCUCAGAGCAGGGUUGACUGAGGCAGGUUGCUCAGACCUUUUUCCUGCUGGCUUGUGUAUUGCCAAGGAUGGAGGCUCCACAGCCUCUCUCCACACCCUGGAGAGGUUCUGGUGUCCAACCACCCUUGUAUUGAAAAUGCUUUGUGUUUGAACAGACUGCCUCGUAGGACUGGUGACCAUUGCCUCUUGUCCUGGCACUGGUAACUCUGAAGGGUCUGGCUCUGUCUUCUUCAUGGCAUUGACACACAUCGACACGAUCCCUCUGAGCCUACUCUUUCAUUAUGGAGUGGCGUAUUUUCCGUGUCCAGUGAUGUGGUAUCAUUCUCACCCUGCUGGCUGCCAAUACAGAGCAGCAAAAGCAUCAGAGCUUUACCUCCUAUUAUUUGCAAAGGCUGUAAAACACUGUUUGGAUCACUAGCCAGUCUACUGCUGCAUUUCAAUAGCCUGAAUCUGAAAUAGAACAGCAAAGGCGAUUCUUGAACUGCUUUGAGAGCACUUGAGCAAGCGCUGCGUAAUUAGAUGACCUGUAAUAGCCUCUGCAUUGCAAAAAUAAGUUCUCCCAUUGGUAUAAAUAGCACAAAAUUAAAUACAAUGUGAAGAACACUAUUUUCUGUAAAUAUAACAACAAAAUCAGGUGUUGGUAUUUAGAUUGUCCUCUUUCUGAUAAGGCUUCUUCCUGAGUAUUUGUCAAAUUUAAAAUUUAAGGGAAAUGAGACCCUGUAGAAACCAAAAGUUGGUUUAACCACAUCAAAACGCGUCAGCCCUUACGCCUUUGUGAACACCCAGGUGCCAGGAAGAGGUGCAGCAAAUCUCAGCCGUACAGCUAUUAAGGGGUGAGCUCUCAGAGUCCAAGACCCUGACUUCAGUGCCAGCAAUGACACAAAAAUCAGUGUU